ACCGUUUCCAACUAUAGCCUUCACCAUCAAACCAGCGACGCCACACUCCCACUUCGCUGUAUUGUUGUUAGUUAUUUCCAUUUAUUAACAUGUCCAAGGUUGUCUGUGUCACCGGAGCCAGCGGCGCCAUCGGAUCAUGGGUCGUCCGCCUCCUCCUCGAACGCGGCUACACCGUCCAUGCCACCGUCCAAGAUCUCAACGAUGACAAUGAGACGAAGCAUUUGGAGGCGAUGGAAGGAGCGAAGAGUCGACUGCAUCUGUUCGAGAUGGAUCUUCUGGACAUGGACUCCAUCAAGGCCGCCGUGGAGGGCUGCGCGGGCGUGUUCCACCUGGCGUGUCCGAACAUCAUCGGUCAAGUUCAGGAUCCAGAGAAGCAGAUAGUGGAGCCGGCGACGAAAGGGACGGUGAACGUGCUGAAGGCAGCUAAAGAAGCCGGGGUGGAGAGAGUGGUGGCAACGUCGUCGAUAUCGUCGAUCAUGCCGAGUCCCGGCUGGCCUUCCGACAGGAUCAAAGAUGAGGAAUGCUGGACCGACCUUGACUACUGCAAGCGCAAGGGACUGUGGUAUCCGAUAGCAAAAACGCUGGCGGAGAAAGCUGGGUGGCAAUUUGCUAAGGAGACGGGCUGCGACGUCGUUAUGAUAAAUCCGGGCACCGCCUUAGGCCCUCUCAUCCCCUCAAGAGUCAAUGCAAGCAUGGCCGUCCUUCUUGGUGUUCUCAAAGGGGACACUGAGACCUACGAGGACUUCUUCAUGGGCAUGGCGCACUUUAAGGAUGUCGCCAUGGCUCAUGUCUUGGCCUUCGAGAAGAAAGAGGCUUCUGGAAGGCACUUGUGCGUGGAAGCCAUUCGUCACUACGGUGAUUUUGUGGAAAAAGUGGCUGAAUUGUACCCUGACUAUAAUGUGGCCAAGGUGCCCCAGGACACUCAGCCUGGCUUGCUCCGAGCCAAGGAUGCUUCUAAGAAGUUAAUUAAUCUAGGGAUGACGUUCACCCCCAUUGAGCAAAUCAUCACCGAUGCUGUUGAAAGCUUGAAGAGCAAGGGCUUUCUCUGAAUCUAAAUCAUUUCUCAUUUGGGCACUGCUCUGGUGGUGAUGGUGUUUACAUGGAUUGGAUCUAGUGGUGGUGUGGUUGGGUCAAAUAAGGAUGAUGAAGUUACAGUUCAGUCACUUGUUCUGUAUUUUCAUGACAGGUGUUGUUAUGUAUAAACUCUUGCAGUUAAUAUCGAAUAAUUGUUUGUCACUCAGUAAAUUGGCAAACAAUGAGUCCAAUAAAUUUUACUGCAAGUACUAGCCCCUUAUAAAUCCAUCAUGGAUCUGGUAAUGAUAUAAAACAAGCCCACGAUUCACUCAA